UUGGCUGACCAUCAGUAUCGCAGGUUCAAACAUGGAGGGCUGGAUAAAUCCUUCUGUCGCAAACCAGCCACAAAGACAAGAAGAAAAACAAGCUUCACAGCCAAAACCUCCUGUAAAUCAAGCAGAAAAUGAAAUUGCUCUUACUAUUCAAGGUCAAAGGACAGUCCAAGAUAUAGUUGACAAAGCUACGGAGCUGUUUCGUCGCUUACAAGGUGUCAAACUCGGCAGCGGAGACGUCACUAUGAGACAAACCCAAGCUCAAAAUAAAGAAAUUAAGGAACAUCUUAACGCAUUGAAAGCGCUCUUUGCAAAACUUAGAAUUCUUUACAACGAAACGAAGAGAAGAGUAAAUGUGCCGGCUGGAGAAAGCUUUGAGGACCUUAUUCCAUUUAAAGACCAGGAUAAAGGUGUUGCAAUGGAGGUGGUGAAUGAAAACGAUCCAUUAGCAAAAGAACAUCAAGCAUUACAACAGACUUUAAAAAAGAAGAAUGAGCAAGUUCAAGAGCUGAUGGAAGCAAUGAGAACAAUGAUUUGGGAUAUCAACACUAUGAUUGCACUCAAACCUUCCUAGGAGCAAUGUUAUCAGCUGGGAUGCAGCUAAAGGAUUAAAGAAAGGUAUAUAGAAAACCAGGUAUGCAGCGUAAAGCUCAGGAUAUAUUGCUGCUUACUGGUACUGUAUGUGGUGUUAUUGUAUUAUGCUAAAGGAUUUCAUCAGAUUAGGAGCAUUUUAAAUUUUAAAAUGGAGGUUUUCUAAAGUUGUUUCACAUCUUUGAAGAACAACAAAAUGUAAAGGGUUAGACCUAAAUUUAAAAAAAUUGGUUAGGUGGGACAAACUUCUCUCUACACCAGCAGGGCACGCAAAAAAGGAAAAAGCUGGAUUCAGGCAUGAAGUCAUGAAGUUAUUUAUUAGCAAAUGUGAAGUAAUAAUAACAUCUAGAAAUAAUAAAAUCUGAAAUUAAGUUAUGGAUGCCCUUUUUUGGAAGGAAAACAAGAGACUGAUGUUUAUAAACAUUUUUAGAUAUUCUUAUACUACUUAACAAAUAAAUCCUGAACUGUUCAAAA